GCUCUUCCCUCGCGUAAGGUCAAGUGUUCGUCCAUCCAAGGUCUUCUCAGUUCUUUUGGAGCUACACCUCGGAGCCGGCACAGUGAUCAGAAUGAGCACCUCACAGGAUCAAGGUCUUUGCUCCAGUAAUCGAGAGGCCCUUUUGAGGUGCUGUGAUGCACGAAGGGACUUGGAGCUUGCUAUUGGUGGAGUUCUUCGGGCUGAACAGCAAAUUAAAGAUAACCUCAGAGAGGUCAAAGCGCAGAUUCAUAGCUGCAUAAGCCGUCACCUGGAAUGCCUUAGAAGCCGUGAGGUGUGGCUGUAUGAACAGGUUGACCUCAUUUAUCAGCUUAAAGAGGAGACACUGCAACAGCAAGUCCAGCAACUCUACUGGUUAUUGGGCCAAUUCAAUUGUCUUAUACAUCAACUGGAGUUCUCCCAAAACAAAGAUCUAGCCAAUCAAGUCUCUGUGUGUUUUGAGAGACUAGGUGGAUUGACACUCAAACCGGAAGAUUCAACUGUCCUGCUGUUUGAAGCAGACACAACUGUGCUGCGCCAGACCAUCACCACAUUUGGGUCCCUCAAGACCAUGCAAAUUCCUGAGCACCUGAUGACUCAUGUUAAUCCAUCAGCUACUGGACCAUUCUUGGAGAAGAGAGGUUGCAUUCCAGUGCCAGAGCAGAUGUCAUCAUCCAGCACCACAGCAGUUCUUCUCAGUGAGUGGCUACUUGGAAGUAAACCUACUAUUGGUCGGCAGGCUCCGUAUGUCCCCAGCACAAAUCCCCAAGACUGGCUCACCCAAAAGCAGACCUUGGAGAAUAGUCAGACUCCUCCCAGAGCCAACGAUUUCUCUAGUAAUAUCUGGGGCAACCUAACGGGCUUGGAAAACUGGCUUCUCAAGAGUCAGCAACAAGAAAUUCCUAAGAAACUAAGUCACCAAAAGCUUAACAACUGCUCCACUAGUCCUUUCUCCAUUGAAGUUGAAAAAAUUGAAGAUCUGGAACUUCUUGAUCAAGAUGAGGUGGACCUUUCUGAUUGGCUGCUAACUCCUCAGGAAACACUUUCGCUGGAGAAGACUAUCAAUGGAAGCUGUGAAACCAGUGGGAAGUCUCAGAGCUGGUUCCAGGUUUUUCAGGAGCCCUUUAAUAUAAGUGAUUGGCUUGUCAAACCCGAUUCCUGUAUCAAUUGCCAAGGCAAUCAGCCAAAAGCUAUGGAAAUUGAAAACCUGGGCAAUCUGAAAUGCCUGAAUGACCACUUGGAGGCUAAGAAACCAUCUUCCACCUCCCCCAUGGAUUGGCUUGCCCAGAACCAUCAAGAGUUAUGUAAAGUGGAGGAGGUAUGCAGAGCCAAUGAGCCCUGUACAAGCUUCUCAGAGUGUGUAUGUGAUGAAAAUUGUGAGAAGGAAGCUUUGUGUGCCUGGCUUCUGAAGAAAGAAGGAAAGGAUAAAAAUGGGAUGCCCGUGGCUCCUAAACCUGAGCUGGAGAAAUGUAAAGAUUCCCUGAAUAGGUGGCUUUGUCCUUCCAGAAAAGAGGCGACAGAACAAGCUAAGGCACCAAAGGCCAUGGCUCCUUCUAGAAUUGCUGAUUCCUUUCAAGUCAUGAGGAACACUCCCUUAUCAGGGUGGCUCUUCAGACCAUCAUGCAAAGAAGGAAGUCCCACAAAAGUGCUUAGUAAUGAGAACAGUGCUGGCAAACAAAAGCAAGUAAGCCCCAUUGCCACUUCCUGGGGUUCGUUCAACACAGCCGACUGGGUCUUGCCAGUGAAGAGCAUAGGGAACCUAAGCCAGAUAUCCUGUGGAGAGGACAAGUGGCUACUUAGAAAGAAGGCCCAGGAAGUAUUACUUAACUCACCCCUACAGGAGGAACAUAAAUUUUCCCCAGACCAUUAUGGCCUCCCAGCAUUUUGUGAUCUCUUUGCCUGUAUGCAGCUUAAAGUUGAUAAAGAAAAGUGGUUGUAUCGAAAUCCUUUACAGAUGUAAAGGAAUGGAGUGCAAGAGUUGAGCACCUUCUCUGCAAAGUCUUCACAUAUCCAUGAGCUGAGCAACUGCAUCUUGCCAAAUCAUUGUUUCUGAAUCUGACCAGCUUAGUCUUUACCUGCCUAGCUUCGUAGUAGUGAAGAGAACGUGUCACCUAGAAGUUGAAGAUGUAAAAGAAAAAAGCUGUUAAAUUGAUCUUGAGGAAAUUCAGUUCCUUCUAAAACAAGUAUUACUAAUUCACCUUUACAUUAGAAACACAGCAGCUUGGUGGAUAGGAACAUUUCAUAAGCUUGUAUAGCUUUCUAUUGAGUUCUGAAAAUUACAUUAAAGCUCCGUAGUUUCCAAAAUGAAUUAUUUCUGUAAUCACAGUGUGUUGGUAUGUUACACAGGUAGAAACUUUCCUAGACUAUUGAUUGCUCAUUCGAUGCAUCCCAUGCUAUGGGUUUCCUUCCAUUAGUGAUCUGAAAUGCAUAUUUCACAGAAAUAAUUUACCUUGCCUUUUUGUUUUUUUCCUUACCAAGAUGUCUACUAAUCAUCUUGGUAACUUCUGACAUUACUUAUAAAGCAUAUUUAGCUUACAUGUUAGUUUUCUAUUCUUAUGAAAGAAAUUCAACUACUGCCAAUUCUUUAUUGCUAAUGUUAUUAAAGUAUCCAGUGAGCUUUUAGGUUUCUGUUGUUUGAAGACCACAUGUAGCAGGGUCCUAAACUCAUUUCCAAGUAUUUCGUAGACCUACCUAUAGUCAGAGAGGUCCAAAGCUGACUAACCAAAAAGCAAGAGACAAAAGCAUAUUGGAAACACUGUACUUGAACUAUUUACUAUUGCAUGCAGUACAUCCUGUGUCAAUAAAUGGAGGCUAAGGUUGACACCUGGUGCUUAAAAUAAAUGUCCUCUCACUGUAAGUGUAACACACCUCUAAAUAAACGUGUAAUGCAGCAACA